ACCCACCUAGAGGUCCUGAAGCGAACCCCCCAGCUCACCUUCCAAAAACGAAAACGCCUCCUGGAAAAAACCAGUUCACUCCCUCAAACAGCAAAACAUGCCAAACCCCAAACUUCCUCUCCCGAUCAUCGUCGUCGUCAUCAUCGCCGUCGUCAUCACUUCAUUGCCGCCCUCCCUUGCAUCGCAACCGUCCAACGCCCCCUCCUCCUCCAAAUGGGCCCCACGCUUCCUGGGCAAAUUCUCAACUACUACGCCAAAACCUCGACCGCCGCACCGGCAACAACAGCAACCGAAAAUCCGAUACGAAACCCGAUAUUUCGCUCAGCGGCUUGACCACUUCAGCUUCACGGACACGCCGAAGUUCCAGCAGCGGUACCUGAUCAACACCGAGCACUGGGUGGGCGCACAGCGGCUUGGCCCCAUCUUCUUCUACUGCGGCAACGAAGGCGGCAUCGAGUGGUUCGCCGAAAACACGGGCUUCGUCUGGGAGCUUGCCCCUCGCUUCGGGGCCAUGGUUCUCUUUCCCGAACACCGGUACUAUGGAGAGUCUAUGCCGUACGGGAGUGAGGAAGAGGCGUAUAAGAAUGCUAGUACACUGUCGUUUCUUACCGCCGGGCAAACCCUGGCCGAUUUCGCUGUACUAAUCACGGAGCUCAAGCGAAAUUUAUCGGCAGAAGGUUGCCCGGUGGUGCUCUUUGGUGGAUCGUAUGGAGGAAUGUUAGCAGCUUGGAUGAGGCUUAAGUAUCCUCACAUUGCAAUUGGUGCACUUGCUUCUUCCGCGCCGAUUCUUCAAUUCGAAGAUAUUGUGCCAACAGAAACGUUUUACAACAUUGUUUCUAAUGAUUUCAGGCGCGAAAGUAGUAGCUGCUUUAACACCAUAAAAGCGUCAUGGGAUGCACUAGUAACUGAGGGACAGAAGGAUAAUGGCCUUGUCCAGCUGACAAAAACUUUCCGCUUAUGUCGAGAAUUAAAGAAGAUCGAUGAUCUUUCAGACUGGUUAGACUCAGCAUAUAGCUAUUUGGCAAUGGUUAACUACCCAUAUCCUGCUGAAUUUGUAAUGCCUUUGCCUGGACACCCCAUAAAAGAGGUUUGCAGAAAGAUUGACGAUUGUCCUGAUGGGACUAGCACACUGGAGCGUGUAUUUGAAGGAGUAAGCAUUUUCUAUAAUUACACUGGACAAGCUGAAUGUUUUGAGCUGGAGGAUACUUCCGCUGUUGGCACAGAUGGUUGGAAUUGGCAGGCAUGCACAGAAAUGGUUAUGCCAAUGUCUAGUCGGGAUGCCAGCAUGUUUCCAACCUAUGAUUUUAAUCUCUCUUCUUUUGAAGAAGAAUGCUUGAAGAAUUAUAAUGUGAAACCAAGGCCUACAUGGAUCACAACAGAAUAUGGCGGACAUGAUAUUAAGGCCACCUUGAAAGCGUUUGGAAGCAACAUCAUUUUCUCCAAUGGCUUAUUGGAUCCUUGGAGUGGUGGCAGUGUCCUGCAAAAUGUAUCGGAAACUAUCGUCGCUCUUGUUGCUGAAGAAGGUGCGCAUCACUUAGAUCUGCGUUUUUCGACGAAAGACGAUCCUAAGUGGUUGAUUGAGCAAAGGGAAACUGAAAUUAAGCUGAUAGAAGGCUGGAUCGAAAAAUUCUACCAAGAACGGAAAGCGGAUUUUGGCAUGUAGCACCGCCAAUUCAACGUCCUUGAACGAGUUUGGUUUGAUGAUGUCCAUGGAGACAUGAUUACAGCAGAUAAACUUCCUGCAAUAACAAGGUUGUAUGUGCACGGUUAGUAAAACAUGCGUACUCCAAUAAUUUCGUAUGUACUUUCGUAGUGAUUAGAGUAUAAUUUCCGAAGACAUUUUAGCCAAUAACCACAAACAUAAUCAUAGGAACUGAAUCGCCACAUGCAUUGCCUUUUUUAUUCAACAGUCCAACGGAUUGGCUUUUCUA